AUGGGAGAAGAGGAGCUGGACAGACGAAUCUCUCCGGUGAAGAACUUCGUCGCAGGAGGAGUCGGAGGAGCGUGCCUUUUAUUUGCCGGUCACCCGCUUGAUACAAUUAAGGUUCGCCUCCAGACACAACCCAAAGCCAGUCAAUAUGUGCUCUACACAGGAACAUAUGACUGCUUUCGCAAAACAGUGUCCAAAGAGGGAGUCCUGGGUCUCUAUAAAGGAAUGGGUGCUCCAUUGGCUGGUGUAGCCCCCAUGAUGGCCAUUAGUUUCUUUGGCUUUGGUUUAGGGAAGCAGCUCCUUCAGUCUGACCCCAGUGUCCCACACACAUACACUCAGAUCUACCUGGCUGGGAUGCUGGCAGGAGUCUUCACCACAGUCAUUGUAGCACCAGGAGAGAGAAUAAAGUGUUUACUUCAGGUGCAGUCUAGCACUGGCCAGCUGAAGUAUGCUGGACCAUUGGACUGUGCUGUCAGACUGUAUAAAGAGCAGGGAAUUCGAAGUGUUUACAAAGGAACUGUUUUCACUCUUAUCAGAGAUGUGCCUUCCAAUGGUCUGUACUUUCUCACCUAUGAGUACUUGAAAAACCUUCUAACACCUGAGGGUGAAAGUGUGCAAGACCUCAGUACUCUCAAAAUUCUUGUAGCUGGUGGCGUGGCUGGGAUUUUGAACUGGGUGAUUGCUCUCCCUCCAGACGUUCUAAAGUCAAACUUCCAGACGGCUGCAGACAGUCGCUAUAAAGGCCUGGUAGAUGUUUUGAGGGAACUGUUACGAGAGGAAGGAGCACAGGCCCUUUAUAAGGGCUUCAAUGCCGUCAUGCUCCGGGCAUUCCCUGCCAACGCCGCUUGUUUUCUGGGCUUUGAGGUAGCUCUGAAGUGUUUGAACCGGCUGGCUCCAAACUGGUGA